AUGCAGCCAAAGGUCGUCGCCCUGGAUUUCAGCGAGUCGAUGCUUCGGCAGGUGGACGACUUUGCCAAGAAAGAGAUUGGACCCGACUAUGUCCUGGGCCUUGGUGGCUUGUGGACUUGUGCGUGGAAGGGCAGGCCCAACCCGGAGAAUGCUGUCGCCGAAGUCUCCCGCGUCUUGAGGCCCGGCGGCGUCUUCGUGCUGACCACCUUCAUGCCAAGGGGGCCACUGCGCACGUCGGGAGCCCGAGAGACUCCCUACAAGUUCUGGACGGAGGAGGAGUUGCGGUCGCUCUGGCCUCAGGGGUUGCAAAAGCAGUCCAUCAAGCUUGUUUUGGCUUGUCGCGCUUGCAGCUGCUUGACAGCUUGCUUGCUUUGGCAUUCGAGCUUGGAGAGCAGAAGAUUCCACAGGUCCUUCUAA